AACUCACAGAAAAAAAUUGAAGCAUAAAUGUGGAAUACCUGUUGGAACCACUGAUUCUGGCUCUUUAUGUUCUAUCUGCAGGUGGUUUAAAACCAGCUCUUAUGAUCAAAACAAUGGAUGGACUGAAUGGCUCUGUGGUUUCUGAAUUUGUGCUGCUGGGACUCUCAAGUUCUUGGGAAACUAGAGUUAUUCUUACAUUGACAUUCUCCUUGCUCUACUUAGGGAUCAUCCUGGGAAAUCUCUUUAUUGUCUUCUUGGUGAUUGCUGAUUCUCACUUACAUUCUCCUAUGUACUUCCUGCUGGCCAACCUGUCCUUCAAUGAUGUGUGGGUUUCCUCCACUACAGUUCCUAAGAUGAUCUUCGAUCUUUUAAGUGAACACAAAGUAAUUUCCUUCCAAGGUUGUAUGAUACAGAUCUGUUUCAUCCACAUGAUGGGAGGAGUGGAGAUGGUGCUGCUCAUAGCCAUGGCAUUUGACAGGUAUGCAGCCAUCUGUAAGCCUCUCCAUUACUUGAACAUUAUGAGCCCUAAAAGAUGUAUUUUACUUGUAGUCAUUGGCUGGGUAACAGGAGUGAUCCAUGCUAUGUCUCAGUUUUCUUUUGUUAUGAACUUGCCUUUUUGUGGUCCUAAUACAAUAGACAGCUUUUACUGUGACUUUCCCAGGGUCAUACAGCUCGCAUGCUCAGAUGCAGACAAAUAA